AUGACGAGUUUAACGCAGCGUGUGGGCUCCUUACUCUACCUUGUGAGUCCGAAUGCGACGACAUACCAACAUGAGGAGGAAAUUCCGAAUUAUGUUGAUGAGGCAGUUCCAUUAUUCAUGGCCUUUAUUCUUCUCGAGGCAGCUGUUCGUUUCGCAUUAGGAAGGGAAGUAAGGCUGAACGAAAGCAUUGCGUCAACUGGCGUUGGAAUUCUGCACGAAGCAACGGGGUCAAGGUUCCUCACCGUGGGCUUCAUUCUACUAGGAUACGAGUCGCUGUACCAGUGGCGUGUCCUAGACUGGCCCUGGGAUUCCCUAGUUACCUGGUGGGCAUCGCUUCUUCUGGUUGACCUGUGCUACUACUGGGUCCAUCGCGCUAACCAUGAAAUCAACCUCCUCUGGGCCGUCCACCAAAUCCACCAUUCCUCGGAGGAUUUCACCCUCUCUACCGCCCUCCGCCUCUCCGUCUUCCAGCGCCUCGCCCACUUCGGGUUCUACCAGCCCCUCGCCCUCCUCGGGGUCCCUAAGACGUCCGUGGUGGUUCACAUGGGGUUCAACUACCUCUUCCAGUUCUGGGUUCACACCGAUGUGAUCCGGAAGCUUGGUCCGAUCGAGUGGGUUUUCUGCACGCCCUCGUCGCAUAGGGUGCAUCACGGGGCUAACAAGUGGUGCCUCGACAAGAACUACGGCAGCCUCCUCAUCGUCUGGGACAGAAUCUUCGGUACUUUCCAGGAGGAGAAGGAGGGCGAGGAGAUCGUCUACGGCCUCGUGGAGCAGCCGCAGUCCAUGAAUUCCGUGUGGCAUGAGGUAGGUCAUGACAGGUCAGAGGUGGAAGAGAGGUCACUCAAGUUCUUCUACUUCGGCGAGGUCCUGACGAAGGCGCGGAGCAUGAGCAGCUGGGGCGACUCCCUGAGGGCGGUGUUCUACGGGCCCGGCUGGGUCCCCGGGGCGCCUCGCCUGGGGGACCCCGACGGCUUCCCGGACGUCAAGGCCCCCCGGGUGAAGUACGACCCCCAGAUGCCCGCGUGGAACCUGGGGUAUUGCAUAGUCCACCUGUUCCUCGCGUUCAUUUUGCAACAAUUGCUGCUCGUGCGGUUUCAGGUAUUGCCCUGGUACACGACCACCGCCCACCUCUUCUUCAUUUUCCUGACGGUGGGCUGCGUGGGCGGGAUGCAGGACGGGUCUUGGUGGGCGCCGUAUUUCGAGUCACUUCGGUGCCUUCUCUACGUUCUCCACGCCCACCACGCCCACGUCACGCCUUAUCCGGUCGUAGAUUUCGUUCUGGUGGCUUGUUUUGCGUUCUGUUUCUUCAUUUGGUUGAGUCGCGCCUUUAAGGAUUUCGUGGGAGGGACUACGAACUUAAAAUGGGAGUGA